AGAUAGUAAAUCAUUGAAUCGAUUGAUUAAGAUGAAUAGACUUGUUAAAUAACAAGAGUUUACUACCCCACAACGGAACGCGACCCCAGGCAAUCUGGGAGAGGAUUCCAUGGAUCUUAAGAGAUUUUUCCUUGUGUCUUUUCACUUGCUUGUUGGAGUAACCAUAGUUGUUUUAAUUGAUCCUUGCGAUGACAGUUUUCUGUCGAGUUACGGAAGAGGAUCCCUUUCGUCGGAAUAUAUCCAUACUACAGCUGCCACUUGUGACAUGUUCUGGCCAAAUAAGACUUGGAAUUUUCGGAAUACUUUUGUCGGACUUAACACCACACAGAGUUGUCCCGCAAUGAAACACUGCAGUAAUCUUUACUCGCUAUGGAUGAUGGGAACGCUUCCGGUCUCCAAUGACAUCGUACCCAAACUGUUCUGUGAGACGGAGGCAACUGGAUGCUGUAAAAACGUCAACAAUACCACGAUCAAAGUCAGGAAAUGCUCACUAUUACGUGUAUAUUUUCAUCGCAACUCUACAGGCUGUGAUAAGGCCUUUUGUUUUGAAAGACCAGAUGUGGACCAUGCUCCUAUGAGAAAUAGUAGUGUCGCAACAGUGUCACCAAUAAACAUAGGAAAUGAAACUAAUGCAAGUGGUCAAACAUCUUCAGAUCAUAUUCCAGAUUGGUCAAUUUGCCCUAUUGCGAUGUUGAUUGCAGCUAUUAUGUACCUUAUCAUACUUGUAAUAGUAUUUUUAAAGCAGAGGGUUAACCGUAAAAUACAUGUAGUUGAUGACAAAGCUGAGAAAAUCAUUCAGGCACGAAAGAAUCGGAUUGCCAAAUGAAAGAAGUUUCUAUUUUAGAACUAAAGUUGUAAAUGACUUUGUUGCAAAUGCUCCAUACAUUUUUCAUCAUAACAAUGCAAUUUGAUGUGUAUACAAUGUGCCAAAAUGUUUCGUUUGAUGUAUGUGCAAUAUUUGUGCAAUAUGUUCCAAAAAUUUAACAGCGGGAAGCAAGCUGGUCAUUGGCUUAUUUCUUAGAGUAUUUUAUAUAUUGAAUGCAAUUGUUAUACAUGUCGUCAUUAAGUUAAAUAACAAUCUAUGCAGAUAUAAAAAUCCUAACUAUUUAUUUACUAUAUGUUUGUUAUAUGUUUGUUUAUUUAUUUGUUGUUAUCCUUAUCGUUUAGAUAUUGAUAGAUACCACUGUGUUAUAUAAUGAAAUAUGAUGUCAGUGCCAGGUGACACUUUUCUGCAUUUAAGUGAAUGUUUAAAGAAAUAAAAAAGUCAUAAGAUAUGUCAUU